UCUAUGGUUGAAUCCCGCGCGUUCUCUCCGUUCUCUCCCGAUCCUUUCCCCCUCUCCAUGGUACACUGGGAAGCGAAGUGGGUCGGGCUUAUACCUCCGCUAGCUGGUCCUUCCUGCGGGCUACCAUGGCGCCUGCCAAAGAAAAUGUCAGUUUGCUUUUAAAACUGUACUACUUGAUGGUGAUGACCUUGGUGGCUGCAACCUACACAAUAGCUUUGCGGUACACAAGAACAACAGGAACAGUUCUAUACUUUUCGAGCACAGCUGUGUGUAUCGCAGAAGUUAUCAAGCUAUUUCUAAGUUUGGGCAUUUUAGCAAAAGAGACUGGAAGCCUGAGUAAAUUGUUAACUUCUUUAAGAGAAAAUGUGUUGGGCAGUCCUAAAGAACUAUUCAAAUUAAGCGUUCCAUCUGUUGUGUAUGCCAUUCAGAACAACAUGGCUUUUCUGGCUCUUAGCAAUUUGGAUGCAGCGGUUUACCAGGUAAUUGUGGAUGUUAGGAAUAAACUGCAGUGGUUCUCAGUCUUCAUGUUGUGUGGUGGAGUCACACUUGUUCAGUGGAAACCAGCUCAAGCUACAAAAGUUCAGGUGGAGCAGAGUCCAUUGAUAGGCUUUGGUGCAAUAGCUGUGGCUGUUUUAUGCUCAGGAUUUGCAGGAGUAUAUUUUGAGAAGGUGCUGAAGAGUUCAGAUACGUCUUUAUGGGUCAGGAACAUUCAGAUGUACCUCUCUGGAAUUACUGUGACCUUGGCUGGUGUCUACAUGUACGAUGGAGCUCAAGUAAUCGAGAAGGGCUUUUUUUAUGGCUAUACGCAUUACGUCUGGUUUGUCAUCUUUCUUUCAAGCGUCGGAGGCCUCUACACUUCCAUUGUUGUUAAAUACACAGAUAACAUCAUGAAAGGGUUUUCUGCAGCCGCUGCCAUUGUUCUCUCUACAGUUGCAUCGGUUAUUCUCUUUGGCUUACAGAUAACUGUACCAUUCUCUUUUGGUGCUCUUCUUGUAUGCAUUUCAAUAUAUCUGUAUGGGCUGCCUCGACAAGACACCAUGAAAAUCCAGCCAGUGGAGACAAAGGUGUCAAAACAGAAUCUUGUUAAUGUGUGAUAUUUGCCAUCACAAAGAACAUUAAAGACAAUACAAAUAGAGAAGAUUUGACUGGGAGGGAUCUUUGUUUUAUUUUCAAGAAGCCUUAAACUGAUUAUGGAAGACUUUUCUGCUUAAACAAAAAGUGAAGGUAAUCGGUGAAAUGAAGGUUUACUCUGGGUGGGGGGGAGUUUACACUGGAAGGUGGGAUACUACAGUAAGUUUUGAAGCAUUGCUUUUCAUGUAUGGUUAUAUAUUGUAUAUAAAACAGAGGGGAUGCCAUUGAAAUUCAUUUUAAUCAAAUGUGAUAUACUGUCUCUUUGUAGGCAGAAAUGUCUGUAACUUGAGAUGUCUUUGAAAAGAGAGCGGUUACAUUUACUAACUUGGUAAUUCAAUGUUUAAUAUUUUGGUCAUAUUGUACAGAAGGCACUUUGUUCUUUGACAAAUGUGUGUAUCAGACUUUUCAGAUUUGGAUAGUUGUCAAACUGCUUUUUUAUGAGGAGCUAAGUUGUAACUGAAAUGAAACAAAAGACUUGCGGAACAGAAAUGGUGCUGAGGGGAGACACUAUGCCCUCGGUUGGUUGUUAAAAUGAAUGUAUUUUUUUUUUGUUGAAA